AUUAUUGGAGUGGAAACCGAAAAAUCAGAGGGCGAACACGAUGGCCUCCGCAACCAAACACCCCGCUAUCCUCAUCGUCUUCCUCAUCCACUGUCUCUGCCUCUCACGCUCAUCAUCCAAAUCCACAGACCCAACCCCAACGCCGGCUCCAUGGCCCCCCCAAUUCUACUCUCUCCUCUACAUGAACGUCAAUGGAUCCAACCAAAUCAUCGAUCUCUGGUACGAUUGGCCAAAGGGUCGAAACCUAAACAUCAUACAGAACCAGCUGGGUAAGCGUCUCUACGACCUGGAAUGGGACAAUGGCACUUCUUUCUUCUACACAUUGGACUCCACCCAGGAGUGUCGCACUAAACAUUUUGAGGUGGGGAUUCUUCGCCCUGACUGGCUGGACGGAGCCCACUAUCUGGGUCAGCGCGAGGUCGAUGGGUUCCUCUGCAACGUGUGGGAGAAGGUGGACUUCAUUUGGUACUAUGAAGAUGUCGUCACCAAAAGGCCCGUCCACUGGCGCUUUUUCAACGGAAUGUCUGCUCAUGUGAUGACGUUUAAAGAGGGGGCGGUGCGGGAGGAUGAGAAAUGGCAAGCCCCUGUCUACUGCUUCGGUACAACUGAUCCAAAGGCGGAAACUACCAGUGCCGGCAAUCCUCGGGAGAGGAUGGUGGACGGAGCUCUGAGAGGUUCAAUGAGCCUCUCGAUGUAAUCACUUUCUUCUACAUCUACACACUGUGUGGAAAUAAAAUCUGAUCUUUUUCUGUUUGAUUGGUUAUCCUUUGUUACUCUGGAAUAAAGAAUGUAAGCUAGGAAUCAAUUUCAUUUCUUCCA